AUGACGACCUCCCCCAGCUCAUUCCAGCAGGAGCCCCUGACCCCCCCGAGACCCCCCCACUCCUCCCUGAAGCCCAACCAGGUGGGUCAAGUGGUUCUCUAUGGGGUACCCAUCGUCUCCUUGGUGAUCGACCAUCAGGAGCGGCUGUGUCUGGCCCAGAUCUCCAACACUUUGCUGAAGAACUACAGCUAUAAUGAGAUCCACAACCGCCGCGUGGCGCUGGGUAUCACCUGUGUUCAGUGCACCCCUGUCCAGCUGGAGAUACUGAGGCGAGCUGGCGCCAUGCCCAUCUCCUCCCGCCGCUGUGGCAUGAUCACCAAGCGAGAGGCGGAGCGGCUGUGUAAGUCCUUCCUGGGGGAGAACAACCCCCCCAAACUGCCUGACAACUUCGCCUUUGAUGUGUCACACGAGUGUGCCUGGGGUAGUCGUGGUAACUUCAUCCCAGCGCGCUACAACAGCAGCAGAGCCAAGUGCAUCAAGUGUUCCUACUGCAGCAUGUACUUCUCUCCUAACAAGUUCAUCUUCCACUCUCACCGUACUCCUGAAGCCAAGUACAUCCAGCCGGACGCUGCUAACUUCAACUCCUGGAGACGCCACCUGAAGCUGUCAGAUAAAACCCCUCCUGAUGACCUGGCGUUUGCCUGGGAGGACGUGAAGGCCAUGUUUAAUGGUGGCAGCAGGAAGCGGUGUCUACCCUCAUCUCACUGCUCCGCCAUGGGGCCGGGGAAGGUUAUGAACUCUGGUCUGCCCCACAUGAUGACCCCUGACCUGGUCCAGAAGAGGAGCCGCUUCGAGGAGGAGGAGGACCUGGAUGGAAGCAGCCUGUCUCCCCGUAAGAACACUCGCAGCUACCCGGUGAUCCCUGUGCCCAGUAAAGGGUUCGGCAUGCUGCAGAAGUUCCCCCCUACCUCCCUGUUCCCCAACCCUUACUCCUUCCCAGCCUUCAGCCUCUGUCAGCAGAAGAAAGAUGACAGUGAGGUGGCUGGAGGACAGAAGAACACUGGUCUAUCAGGUCUGCUGUGGCCCGGUCGUAAAGACACCUUCUAUCCUCCAUUCUGCAUGUUCUGGCCCCCUAGGACUGCUGGGGGCCUCCCAGUGCCCACCUACCUGCAGCCACAGCGCUCCGUCAACACUCUGUCCUCAUUGGCCGAGAGCCCCUCCCUCAAGCAGGCCUUCCUCGACCUAUCAGAGCCCCCACACCCAGGGGCGGGGCCAGGCAUGGGAGCCACACCCAGGUCAGGUCUGUUUGACCUUGACUCCUCCACCCUGACCUCUGACUUGCACCCUGUGACCUCAGAGGGCUGGCUGAAGGUGUUGGACACCCCGUCUCUCCAGGCUAGGAAAGCCUACUACCACUCAGCCUUCCGACCCGUCGUCAAAGAUGCAGAAAGCAUCGUCAAGCUCCAUGGCAACCUGGAGGAGUUUGGGUCAGAGCUCCACCUGUCCCCCGGGACCAGCUGCAGCUACGCCUCUGAGAGCGGAGGAGAGGGGGAAGAAGAGCGAGAAGAGAGUGAGGAGGAAGGAGAGGUGGAUGUAGAGACCAAGCAGGAUGAGGAAGAGGAACAUUUCAAAAGACCAACCCCACCACAGGCACACAGCGGCCUGCACCUCCGAGGGCAAAGUGAAGGAUCAGGACUAUGGGAGAGAAGAGAGAAAGAGGCUGUCAACUUCCCCUGCAGCCCUGCAGAUCACAGCCAGGACCAGAGCAGUACAAGCCUGUCUGCCUCUCAUUCUGCUCCCCCUGCCAGCCUCACACUCUCUCUCCCCAGCCCCACACACACCCCGCUGCAACUGGAGGACCAGUCCUACAAACAUGUAAAAACUCAUAAAAGCAGAGACCAUGGACUGCCUGUUUAUGCAACCAAAGAAAACUCCAAAACAGCUGGUACGCAGUGUUACCUAGGUGUUACCGAGGUGUUUAAAGACAUUGGUUCCUUUCUACAUUGGUUCCUUUCAUUUUCUGUGUGCAUGGGACCAAAUCAACUGAGGUUCCAGAUGAACUGAUGAAUUAUUGUCCUUCUGUUCUCGCCCUCUCCUCUAGAUGAAAACAAAGAACCUAGCAACUUCUUUGUAUCAGAGACUAAUUCAUCUGACCCCGAGUACUGGAGAGAGAUGGCAGGGGAUCAAACUCAAGAUGGAAGUUCCCCUGUUCCACUAAAGGAGGAUGUUGAGAACAUGGAGAAAGAGGAACUCCAGAAGGUUCUAUUGGAACAGAUCGAUCUACGAAGACGACUAGAACAGGAGUUCCACGCUCUGAAGGGAAACUCCCCCUUCCCUGUGUUCCAUUCCAUCCAGAAACAACAUCUGGAAAGAAAAGAUCACGUCACAUCUUAACAGCUAAAUGGGAACGUGGAAGACAUUCCUGAAAAUCUGAAGGAGAAACUAAGAUCCUAUGAACCUCUGGAGUAAAAUAACCUGAAACAGGACUAAAACAGAUACGUGACCUUGUCCCCGAGCCAAUCCAUGACCAUUAACCUUGGACAGAUAACACUGGACAGUCUCUGAUAUGAAGUAUCACAGAGCAUAAUCAUGGAGCAUCGAUGAAACGGAGACAGACUUUGUCCAUCCAGGUCUAACCUGAGACAACAGUGAAAUACUACUGUGUUGCAUAUAUUAUUGUUCUAAACUAACCCAGUCAUCCAUGGAGAUCUACCUUGGUGUUCCAAUACAACAUGAUUGAACUCUUAACUGGUAAUGUACAUUGAAACCACAUGGGUUUGUUUCGCUCUCUCAAAUCAGACUACUGUGCAUUACUGACUACAUUACUGACUACAU